AUGUCAACACACAAAGAUUCCGAAAACAUUAUUGGAAAGUCGACGACUCCACUACAAAAAUAUGACCUUGACCAAACCUACAACGUUUGUGCUCUUUCUUAUUGCCAUCCUCGUAGUUUUCGUAGCAGCAACUCCCGAACUCCAACCAAGCAAGCAUAUGAUAAUAUGUGA